ACUAUAAAUGAAUUACAUACUAGUCUGCACUCGUAUCGUACCGCUACAGUUUCAAAGAAAGUGAUGCCAUCGUAUCGUAGUGCCUAUUUAUAACUUCCUGGCAUUAUCCCCAGAAGUACGAUUGAGUUCAUACAUGUAAAGUUUGUGAUUCUACAUAUAGUUCUUAUGUAGAAAACUAGUUUGAACGGUGGAUUUGUGGAAUACGGAUUUAAUCAACAAGCUUAGUUAAACCUCGCCAUAUUGAGUUUGCCCAUCAUUAAACGUUCUACGUGGCGUGGGCGAAUGUGGAUAUUUGUCUUAUACAGCAAAUUAAUUUUAUGUUCCCCUGGCUAAAUUUAUUAGCCUUAACAAAAAUUCACAUGGGUGAUAGUCAUGACUGGAGACCAUUUGUGUAUGGAGGAUUUUCAUCAUGUACAGCUGAAUUUGGUACAUUCCCGAUUGACACAACAAAAACAAGACUUCAAAUACAGGGCCAGAAGUUGGAUGGGAGAUUCACUGCUGUUCGUUACAAUGGCAUGUUCCAUGCAUUAUCAAGAAUCACAAGGGAAGAAGGUGUUCGGGCACUCUAUUCAGGCAUUUGGCCUGCACUCCUAAGGCAGUCUACAUAUGGUACUAUCAAGUUUGGAAUCUACUACACACUCAAAAAAUGGAUUGAUCACCCUGAAGUUGAAGAUAUGAUGACAAACAUUUUUUGUGGAGUCAUUGCUGGUGUGGUUUCCAGUGCUAUUGCUAACCCAACAGAUGUCUUGAAAGUCAGAAUGCAAGCUUGUUCAACUUCACUGCAGCAAAAGACCAUGUUUGAGUGUUUUGGAGAUGUUUACAGACAAGAAGGCAUAUCCGGAUUGUGGCGAGGUGUAGGUCCGACAGCACAGAGGGCAGCGGUGAUAACGGCUGUUGAAUUGCCCAUUUAUGACAUCUGUAAGCAUAGGCUAAUACAGGGCGAUUUAAUGGGUGAUACAGUAUCUAAUCACUUUGUGUCAAGCUUCAUAUCAAGUUUGGGCGGUGCCAUAGCCUCGACUCCUAUUGACGUUGUGAGAGUGCGUCUGAUGAACCAGCGUCGCCUAAAGUCUGGAGUACGGUUUGGAUUUGGAAUGAGUAGCGAUUUUACUCUUCAUAAAUCGAGACUCUACCGGGGAACCGUAGAUUGCUUCAUACAGACCGUCCGACACGAAGGUAUUAUGGCUCUCUAUCGUGGUUUCAUUCCAACUUGGUUGCGAAUGGGCCCGUGGAACGUGAUCUUCUUCAUUACGUACGAGCAGUUAAAAAAGCUAUACUAAUUAAAUUUUAGGUGAUUUGUUGUUGCUUUCAUUAAGUUAAUACGAAAUUGCUCCCUAAGUCCUUCUCUCCUCGCGUCUGACUUAGAGAUUUGUAUUUUCAGUACAUUUCAUCCGAGUUAGACAAAUACAAAUAAUGUAAGUAAAA